AUGGGCGUCAUCUGGAACGACAAGCAGCUCUACCACGAGGUAGCUGCGCACUUCGAGGGCGAGGCUCAGCGAUGGUUCGCGACGGUCAUGGAGUCCGUCGCCGAGGCGGACGAGAACAUCAACACGAUGGCAGCCAUGCUACGGGCGAAGUGCAUGGCCCAGCGCACCAACCCCAAGGUGGUGGACCUGUUGAACGCGCGACAGCAGAUGCGUGGCGAACGGCUGGUGGAGUAUGCACAGGCACUGCGCAAGAUCGGGGAGCGCGGCGACAUCAGCGAGGACUGGCUGUAA